GAAGCGAGAGCACGCUCGUGUCAGACUCCGUAGCUUCAUUCAUUCAUUCUGAAUUCAAAAUAUCUGUAUUAAAUCAGCAUGGCGAAGUGGGGAGAAGGAGACCCUCGCUGGAUCGUGGAGGAGAGAGCGGAUGCCACAAACGUCAACAACUGGCACUGGACGGAGAGGGACGCCACAAACUGGUCAUCGGAGAAGCUGAAGGAGCUGCUCAUGGGAUUGUGGGUGGAGAAUGAAGAAGGCAAGUGUGAGAUCACAGAGGUCAGCAAGGUGGAGGGAGAAGCAUCCAUCAAUAAUCGCAAAGGGAAGCUGAUUUUCUUCUACGAGUGGAAUCUGAAGGCCACCUGGACAGGGACAUCAAAAUCAGGCAUCAAAUACAAGGGGAACAUUGAAGUUCCAAACCUUUCGGAUGAAAAUGACAUGGACGACCUUGAUGUCAGUGUGAGUCUUUGUAAAGAUGAGCCUGAGACGGCGCUGCUUUCUCUGAUGAGGAGGGAGGGAGCCGAUCAAAUUCGCACGGCGCUGGCCGGCUAUGUGGGCUUCCUCAAAACAGAGUUCACACAGGGCAUGAUCCUGCCAACAGCCAAUGGUGUGACGAAACAAACAGCCCAGGCAACAACUAAGACAAGCAAAACUCAGAUUGGCUCAUGUAGCGCUGCUCCUCCUCCUUCCAACACAGGGGUAAAAAUCCCCACCUGCAAGUUCUCGUUAAAGGACACUUUCCUCACCUCACCAGAAGAGCUUUACAGGGUGUUUCUCAAUCAGGAGAUGGUUCAGGCUUUCACACGCAGUGGUGCCAUGGUUGAGGCUGAAAAAGGUGGGAAGUUUCGCCUGUUGGACGGAAACGUGAACGGAGAGUUCCAGGAACUGGUACCUGAGCAGAAGAUAGUCAUGAAAUGGAGGUACAAUACAUGGCCUUGUGAGCACUAUGCGACGGUGACAUUGACUUUCACAGACAAGGGUAAUGAGACGGAGUUAAAGAUUGAGUGUCGGGCAGUUCCUGAAAAUGAAGAGGAACGAACACGAGAUGGCUGGCAGAGGUACUACUGCCACGCUAUUAAACAGACAUUUGGCUACGGCGCACGACUCUGCUGAGGCCAGGAUGUAGCGGCCGCUCUUUUUGGCUCUUUUCUUUGUUUUAUUGUUUUUAUUUUUCAUUUCGCUCCACCUACAAAUAAGAGAAGGAUCUAAGUGUGACUCUACUGAACAGCAGGCAUCACAUUGUUCCAUUGUCACGAUUCUUUAUUUGGAUGAUUUUGAAGUUUAGAGGAAAUAGAGAAAAAGAUCAAAAAGUCAGAACUGAACGAG